UUGCAUGGUUUAAUGUUGUUCUUUCAAUUGUUUAUACAGAUAACUGAAAGAACAGAUUGAAUUGGCUAAACAAAGCACAAAUGGCAUCAACAAUUGGUCGUUUGUUUCAAGAUCAGAAUCUCAGUGUUCACUCUAAUGGAAAUUCUGCUGUAGGAAAGGGUGGUGCAAAAACACAGAAGAAAGCUGGGUUUGGUGGAAGGAAACCUCUAGGAGAUGUAUCGAACGCUGGGAAGCCUGAUUGUUCCAAGGUGUCGAAAAAGCCUGCUCUUACCAAUGUUUCUGAAAUCAUUGCUGAUGCAAGCAACAAGAAAGGCCUUUCUAAAGCCUCGGAUAAAGUGCAGACUCGUGGCAGUCGGAAGGCACUAUCUGAUGUGUCUAACACAGUCAAGCCACCUGUGCAUAAGAAGUCAAGUGUUGCGGCACAACCACCUUGUGGUUUUGAGGAGGAAGGUUUCCUGCAUGACCAUCAACAGUGCAUCAAAUCUAUGAGAAAGGCUAAUCACAUGGAUCAAAUGGAUUUUUUUAUGAUGAUACAAGGAUGAGAUUCAUCCAAGAAGCUUCUGUCUCCAUGUGCAGUUUCUCAGUUUCGUAAAGUUGAGGUAAGUUUGCAAUCCCUUUUUUUUUCAUUUCCAGCACUUGCUUUGUCAGUAUGGAUCUUUCUAAACAAUGCUGUUUUGUCAUCAUUUUUUUUUUUUGUGUGUUUCAGCUGGAUAGUCCCAUGAUGUACUUGGAUUUGAAAGAGAUGCCUGAGCUGUCUAUCAAGCUUGACUCUUCACCUCAUUGCAAGUCUCCACUAUCACCAAAUCAUACCAAGUCCACUUGGGUUUGGGAUGAUUGUGAUUUCCAGGUGAUGGAAACACCUUAGUUUCCAAGGCACUGAUUCCCCUGUAACUUUCAAACUGUGUACUAUGUGAUGCACCAUUAAUCCACUUGAAAUUGAUGUAGCCAGUCAUUCCAGAGGAUUUGGUUUUUGUUAGUCUGUUUCUAGUUUUUCUUUAUCCUCUGUAAAUAUCAUUUCUUAUGUUUUCGCCACAUU